GCGACAUCAUUCGCGUACGGGCGGCACGUCGCGUCAGUCGUCGUGUACGUGUACGCGCGCGUGUUUGCCGCUUUACAAACUGCACCAGACCGGUCGCGGUGGUGCGCGCGUGUUGUUGGGUGCGCGUCAAUCGUAUACAUAAACACACGCACUAUACAGUUUCCAUAGGUAUACACCGAACACCCACCACCCCAAUCACCCACUACCACCACCAUCCCAAUCAUCACCACCACUUCUCAUUCACACUACACACCCGUUAUCACUGCCUUCGCCGACGCCACCACCACUACCCUCGACGAUCGUGGUUUCCGCUACCGAAUCGCCGCCGCACCACCUGAUGGAUCGGCGCCGGAUCGUGUGAUUUCCGCGGUACGACACACGACGACCGCGCGACGACACCGACACUGCAUCGCUCGCGCAUCGUUCUUUUCGCCGACACGACAAGCACCGACAUUAUUCUUGUCGUUGUCGUCGUAGUCGUCUUGCAAUCAUCGACUCAGUGUUCGCCACACUUGAUCGCGGAAACCGCGUCCGGUUUGAAUAUCUUUUGGUUUGCGGUUGUCCCUCUGCAGGGUAUGGUCUUGUCAGUAACGCGGUGACGCCUAGUGGCACCCGGCAAAGAUCCAGCGUCAUAUAGGAAGACCCAGGUAACUUGGAGGAAAACUCAAUGUCAAUAGGAAGUUUUUAGAGAUAUAUCGCUUUAAAACAGUACAGGACUGCGAGUCCAUCGCCAUGUUGCGCUUCGAAGCAUGUAUGUCAUCUUCCCGGCGGACGAAGUCGUACAGCUGUCAUUCGGUCGACCCACAACCCGUCAGCGUCAACAGCAGCGGUCUGGUCAACGUUGCUAUUGCAACCAACACCGUACUGUCCCAGUCGUUGAUGGCGGUAACAAACUCUUAAGAGAAGAUCAACCAAUGAAUUCAAUGGCCUCAGCGAUGGGUGAUGACCUAUCGCUAAGGGACCUUACGCACCCGGCACUGAACGACUCUUUGAAAACGCACAAUGCCGCUACUUUCAAGCUCGUCAAAACAGUGUCCGAUUUCACGCAAGAGUUGUCCCAAAUGUACGAACAACACGCAGCUGAGCUGCAACUGCUAGUCACGAAUUUCCGAAAGAAAAACACCGAUCUCAGGAAGGACAGACCAUCAUUCCCCAGCCAAUUAUUUUACACAUGGGAGACGUUCUUGCAAGAAGUAGAAACGGACUCAAAGUCAAUCAGUGACGUAGCUAGUGUACUUGGUCGGCAAAUUUCUAGACCACUUUUAGAUAGGUCAUUCCAUCGAAAAGUUCAGUCACGUAAGGUAUUCAGUCAAAGAGACUCAUUGGAAUUGAUUUUACAAAAAUCAGAAGAUAAACUAUUAAAAUGUAGAGAAGAUUACAAACGUUCUUUUCUUGCCCAGCUGUCUUCUCCAAACAGCUCAGCGUCUUUAUCUUCUUAUCUUGACGCCCACAACGCCUAUGUUACUCAGCUUCAUGCCACCAAUGGCAUGGUUGACCAGUAUAACCAAUACGUUUUACCGCAACUUUUACAGGAAUUAGAAGACGUUUACUCGGACUUGUGUAUGUCUCUGUCAGACGCAGUUCUCCAAGGAUCUGAUGUCAUAUGCAAUAAGUCCAAUGAUCAGUCGAAGAGAUACAAUGCUCUAGGAUCCCAAUGUCGACAGCUGACACCUGGUUUGGAUUUGAUCGCGUUCGCCCGGUCUUUAACGCCUCUACCCACUACACCGCAUCCAUCACAGCGGACUCGAAGCUAUUGUCCACCACAAGCUCCGGCAGACACCGAGGGAUUGAUUUUGGAACCUGGCGUAACAGAAGCUAUAGCACAAUUGGCACUAAAAAACGAAUUAAUUGUCGACAGGCUGGCCAGCUUGGACGUAAGAGCUGGAUACGACACUAUAAGAGCGGAAUUGAUGGACCUCGAGUCUCAGAUGAAACAGAUACAAGAUUCGGUGGAAACGUUUAAGCGCUUACAACAAAGGAGCCUAGAACAGUCGAUGUUUAGUAAAGCAAAUGAACUACAAGAAGACAUCAGCAAAAAGAAAUACGAAUUUCGUACCACGCAAAUGCAUCUAGCAGCCUUCAAGUCACAGAAAGAUCUGUUCGCAUCCAAGCUAGAAGCGACCGAGUCAAACGCACGAGAUAGGAAACUAUCGUCGUCGUCUAGUGGCAGCAUGAAAUCCAAAUGGUUGAAGGCUAUCAAAAGCCUGAAGACGACUAGUGGGCCAACUAACAACAAUACUACGCAAAAGGAUGAAAAGAAACACCAAAUGUACCACGCGGUAUCGACCAUAAUUGCAAUGAGGAAAACUGGGCGUGACGGAAAUCCACAGUUCUCGGCCAACACGGAAACGGCGCAUCAAUUCCAGGAGUAUACAUAUAAGAAAAUUACGCCGUGCGAUUUUUGUUCACAAGUGCUAAGAGGGCACACCAGGCAAGGUCUUAAGUGUCGGGUGUGUAAAAUGAACGUGCACUUGGACUGCCAGGAGAAAGUUACCACCCGGUGUCAGGUGAAGUCACGGCUAUUGCGCCGUCAAAAGUCUACGUCUGAAAUAGAGACGAAGAUGGCAGCGAUGAACGUGGCGGGACGCGACGAUGACGAAGUAAUUCCCGGUGCGGACGGCGGCGGUGGUAGUGGCGGUGCCGGCGUUGGUGGUGUUGGUGGUGGAGGAGGAGGAGGAGGUGGUGGUAUUGUUGGAAGUGUCGGUGGUGGCGGCGGCGGUGGUGGCGCUGGUGGUGGUUGUGGUGGAGGUGGUGGUGCCGUCGGCAGCGGCCUCCAGCAGCUGGAUAGCACGGGACAACCGGUCGACCAGGUGUACCAAGUGUUGAAACAAGCCGGCGAGAUCCGCACCUCACCUAGGCCGGGUGGCCCUUCCGGUACGCGACAGCAGCAACAGAUCGUCGUCGGUGGACCUCCCACCGAACUACUGCCCAGAUCGUCGCCAUCGCAGCAACAGCAGCAGCAACAACAGCAGCAGCAACAUCACCCACAGCACCCGAACAGUUUAGGUAGACCGGGAACCACGCUGAACGUCACGUCGCCGCCAAUCGCAUCCAGCUCAGCGGAAUCACACGUCGUCGGCACGUCUUCGGCCUCCUGCAGACUCCCGGAAUCGGCAGCACCCAGAAGGCGGAGACUGUUCGGCGGCGUCAAGAGCUUUACAAUGUUCGGUGGCAGGUCCCAAACACAAGGCCGAUCGAUAUCGUUACCCGAAAGCCAGACCACCUGCUAUUCCCAGGGACAAGACAAGCAUUUUUGGACUCGAUCAGUCCCUACCGCUCCACACAGCCCUCGUCGACCAAAACUCAAUUCACGCAUGAAGAGCUUUUCGCUGGACUCAUCGGAUACCACGGAACAAGCACAAAGGCGACGGAUGGGUGGCAGUGGUACUGGCAGUGGUGGUGGUAGCGGCAGCAGCACUGGACUACAACAACAGAUGGAAAGCUACUCAAAUCCUUCGUCCUCAUCUAGAUUGCAAUCUCCCUCUAGCCCAGUGCAUAAUCGGCGUCUACUAUCAACCAGGACCAUACGGAUGAGCUCCGUCGAGCUACCAGACGACAACGAUAAAUCACUGUCGUCGGCAAGUACGUCUCCGUGCCCGUCGCCGGUGAGAUAUUCACAAAAACCACACAGGCUGUUACCAAAUAAUCUCUAUGUGGUGCUGUAUAAUUUCAAAGCUCGCCGAGAAGACGAAUUGGAUUUGAAGGCAGGAUAUAAGGUGACUGUUAUCGAUACAUCAGACCCGGCCUGGUGGAAGGGUAAAUGCUUCGGUCGCGUCGGUUACUUUCCAUACAAUUACGUGACCAAAGUGCAGCCUGGAGAAAGACCAUGGCAAGUUACAAUCAAUUUACAGGUGUUGGACGUUGACAAUAAUCCACUCACGUUGCUGAGAGAUCAGAUCGUUAUCCAAAUUGGUGAAGGACCAGACGGCUCGGUAAUGAUCCGAAACGCAGAGAACAAACAGGGAAUGUGCCCGGUGAAGUUCCUGCAAGAGGUGUGACAAUUGGGUGAGCGAUACGUGACGCAUCGCUUUUCUAUGUCUCGACGACCUUUCUUGAGCCCAUCUUUGCCCUCGGACUACGAGAGAUACGACGACGACCGGCCUUGCGGUCGUCGACAUUCCAACUCGCAGAACCGACCGCUAUUGGUGAUCGGUCAACGUUGAAACAAUCCGCGACGCCGAAUUAUACACACACACAUACAUUAAUACAAAUACUCAAAUUUACACUUACACACACCACACACACGCAUACGUAUUAUACAAGAACGUAUAAGCAGGACCACGAUCUACUGUUGGGGGAUACUUCCCCGACACCUCCUUUAACAACUUCCUCGUGACCGAGAAACUAAUCUACUCCUUUUUGCCUUUCCUCCAGCAGACUACCACCGCCUAAAUUAUAUCCCAUCCAUCCCUCUCAUCUUAAUUUGUUGUACAACACAGAUAUUGGUACGUCCACGAUAACACUGUAAUAUAAUAAUAAUAAUUCACUGUGUUUCCUACUCGUUAUGUUUGUUUAUGUGGCGUAUAUGACGUAUGUGCGUGUGUGUGUUUGUUAUUACUCAUUCAAUCGAUUUAUAGAAAACUGUAUACCCUCUUCAUAUUCAUGCCAUAACUAUAUUAUGUUUUAUAUAUAACCAUUCAACGACUCAUCUUCAUCUCUAUACAUAUACAUAUACGUAAAACUUAUAUUUUAUAUGAAAACACACAUAAUAAUAUUAUUAACAUAUUAUUUAAACAAAAAUCAUGACCAAUUUUCUUGAAAAAAAAAAUGUAUUAUUCUAGCAUAUUAUUAUAUAAAAUAUGAUCUCUCUGUAAUAACAUAAUAUAUUUUAGUCUACAGAGAAAACUGCACUCAUAAGCGUGUAAGCGUGUUUGAAAUCGUGAAACAUAAUCAUUUUGUAAGCCUAAAAGGCUAAAAAAGUAUUUUAACGUAAUAUUCAUACAACUAUAUUAUAUUAAUUAUACAUAUACAUAUAAUAUUGGUAUAACGGCCUAGAUUUGGAUUGUGUUUUACGAGCUAUCCACGCAUAUUUUUUUUGUUAUGUUAUUAAAAACUAUUAUCACAACCAAAUAUUUAGGCAUAUAAUAUUAUUGGUUAUAAUAAUCGUUUAGCUAUGUUAUGUGUAAAUUACAUUUUAUCUUAUGCAAAGCUAUAUAUUAUAUAAUAUAUACACACACAUAAUAUUUUUUCUGUGGUUAAAACUCUUAAUAAUAAUAUAUAAACAACAAAAAAUUAUAUUUUACCUUACGCUGAGUAAUACUUUUUGUCCGACACUCUUUGCCGUUUAGGACAUGGAGGUAUAAAUAUACUAAAUAUUAUAUAAUAAUAAUAUAUAAAUUUAUAAAAUAAUUUUGAAAAAUAAAAAUAUUUAUAUUUAGGGUAUCUCGCGCGUCCCAGCCAUGGCCCAAAUUAAAUUUAUAAAAAAACAAUCUUCGACUGCUGUAUGUAUAAUAAUAUUAGUAUAAAUUCAUGUUAUAUAUUAUUAUAUGAGUAUAUAUUGGUACUUAUGGUAUAAUGUUUUUUAUAAAAUAAUAAUAAUAAUACGCUACUCUCCAACCGUUGAUUUUUGAGCUUCUGAUAACCGUCCACACCAACAAUUAUACAAAAAAUUUUUCCUCUAUCGUACUGAGAACGAUUACAAUAGUACCUACUAUAUAUUUUAUCAUGCUGGCAAUAAUCAAAAACUUGUAAUCAUUUUUCUCAAUGUUUAAGUUAUGUGUAUACAAUCGUACAACAUAUUAUAUAUAAUUUAUUAAUAAUUAUUAUAAUACCUAAAAUCCUACAAAUACUAUACGAAACUAAAUAAAAUAUGAGUACAAUAAUAAUAACACAUAAAUAUUUUUUUUUUUCAUUUUCUUUAAACUAUGGUAAUUAUAAUAUACGCUUAAGAAGUGACCGAGAUAGAUAACCUAGCUGAUUUUUGUUUUAAACACUACUUAAUCAAUCGACACGCAUACGAUAUAUAUCGUCUAUCCAUCAUAGACAUUUUUAGAUUUGUUUGGCAUUCUGGGUUAUAAAUUAUAACUUAGCUGUAUUGCAUUCUACCUACAAACUACCAUUAUGCCCCUUAACAAAAAAAUUUAAUAAAAUAUUCUACUAUAAGUCACCACCCAGAACAUAAGUAACAUAGAUGAUCCACAUGAUGAUUCAAUAACUGCCCAUCUAGAGAUAUCUCUCUUACUAUAAAACUAAACAUGCUUGAUAAUGCUUUGUUUGUAUGACUUUACGUAAUGUGAUAUCCAGCAAAUUUUAAGAUUAGGUGUAUAAUUCUUUUGGUAUUAUAAUAAGCAAAUAAUAAAUAAAUAAUAGUUGGUUUAAACUUCUUAUAUUUUAUUUAUGGUAAAUGUGUUUUUUCACUCCACCCCCCCCCCCCCAUCACUCGGGUAAAAAUAAUCUUUACCCAAUUACCUAAUUCUUUCAUUUUUAAAUAAAAUAUAUAAAGUAUUUCACCAUUUUACUCAUUUUAAAAAAGAAUAUUAUGAUACUAGUAAACUUUAUGCUAAAAACUGAAUUAUCUUUUAUGGAAUCUACAUUGACUAGAACAACUUCAUCCGAAAAAACUAUACAUACUGCAAAAAUAGUUAAAUAUUUGACACAAUACAUACAUAUAUAUAUAUAUAUAUAACAUAAUUCAAAUGCACAACACAAUCGGGUACAUCCGAGAACAUGCCUUAUAUCAAUGAAUAUAUUUGUAAACUCAGUUGGUCGAUGAAUCUUAUAAUCUUAAGACUGUGCAAAACCUAACAUACUAUUUAUUAUUAUUAUUAUUAUUAUUCGUAUAAAACAUUAACAAAAUAUUCUGAAAUCGUUUAAUCUUCUUAGUUUUUGCAUUAACUAAAAAAACUGAAAUGUGUCUUACAAAAUAUAUUUCAAUAGUUAAUCUAAUUUUGGAGUAUAAGUAUAAUAUAAUGCAGGAGAUUAUAUGUAUGAAGUUAGGUAGUAUAGGUAUGAAUUUUAUAACAACUCAGUUGUCCAGAUUAAGUCAUAUUAUAAUAUAUAACUCUUACACACGUCUAAAUGAUAUUUUACUAUGUACAAACGGCGCCAAUAGUAGCGUAUAUUAUAUAUUGUAAUAUUAUGUGUAUAUCGUAUAUUCGUGUCUGUGCGUUAUUAUACUAUUAUAAUAAUAUUAUGAAUUAUACUCAUAUACUUAUAUAAUAUAUAUAUCAUAUUAUCGUGUGCAGCAGUCACUCUCACCUGAACAUUGUAUACCACGUUACCUAUAUAAAAAUAUGCUUUUGUUUUAUAAAAUAUAUAUUAUUAUUAUUAUAUUAAUUAAUUGUAUAAGAAAAUAAACGUUAAUGCUGAUAAUACAAAAUGUACGUAUUACAUUAUAAUAUGUAUUAUUCUUUUGUACUUGUUUAUUUAAAUUAUUAUAUAUUUUUUUUUAAAUUUCUGUUUUUACAUAAAAAUAUGUAUGUUGAAAUGUUUUUUUUCUAUAUAUGUAUAUUGUAUAUAUAAGAACCACGUACAUUUCGGCCGCAGGAGAUACAAGUGAUGUGGUUUCAUUCUCCGGCGGUCGUCGUUAACUUAUAUAUUAUUAAGUUAUAAUAUAUAUAUAUAUAUAUAUAUAUAUGAUACACAUUAUUUAUACGCCUAUUAAAUAAUAAUAUAUACUAUAUAUUGUAUACCUACUCACCGCCCUUCCACUUAUGAGCUUACGGAGUACACGUAACGCCCAUAUUUACCUGUAAUGUGGGUUCGUGUACACCACGAUAAAUUUCUUAGAAAAUUGUAAUCCGAAAAUGUUUUUAAAAACAUAAUAUAAUAUUUUAGAUGGUUAAAAUUAAAAUAAUGAUGAGGUACUAUCGCAGGUAUAAUUUAAUGAAAACAAUAGAAGGUAUCUAUACAAUUCGGACGACAGACAUACAUAAUUUAAUAAGUCUAUGAAAAUCACUCGUUUAAUUUUUUGCUUCGUAUUUUUCAUCCAUCGCCCGGAAAUACCGAUCGACACGUCCGACGUGUGCCAACGCGAAUUUCCGUACCUACACAAUAAUAAAUCGUUCGAUUCAAAAACAAACAAAAUGUAUGUGCGUGAAUAUUAGGGCGAGUGGAAGGAGGAGGGCGUAGGUUAAAAUAAUUGUGAUCAAAAAUCGAUUUUUUUUUUACGCCUAUGAUAAUAUAAUAUUAAUAAGUAAUUUGUUACACGAUCGUUAUUGUUCAUUUAUGGAAUAUAAUAUAAACAUUAUGUAUACAUAUAUAUUAUUAUUAUUAUUAUUAUUACUUCUAUAUAUUAUAUUAUUAUUUGUAUUAAUUUAAUUAGAUAUACAUAUAUAUAUAUAUAUAUAUAUAUAUAUAUCUACUUUACACCUACAUACAUACACACACACACACACACACACACACACACACAUCAUACACAUACACACACAUCAUACACAUAUACACACACACCCGCGUGUUAUCGAUUAUAUAACCCAUUUGUUAAAUGUAUAAUAAUAAUUUAUGUAAUGAUUAUAUUCUACAUAUAUUAUAUAAUAUGAUAUAUAUUAUUGUGAGAUAUGGAAAACGUUGCACUCAGUAAAUUUACACGUUGAUGAUUUAUAAUAAUAUUAUGUUAAAUAAAGUAUAUAUAUGUUAAA